GAGCGCAAAAAAAGGAUUGUACGAUACCAGGCAAACGAAACACAAAUACGAGACUAGACCAGAGGCCCUAUGAAGGAUGGGGAUGGGUAAAAAGAUCUCGUCGAGCGAAGAGCGAUCGAUAGCGUCGACAGUGAUGUUGUGCAGCGAGAGAGUGCAGAGAUAUGGAGCGAUCGAUAGCCAUUACUUUUGAGGACAGGAGAGCGACGAAAGUGGAAGUUUCCACGUCGUCUAAUCUUAUCUCUUGUAUAUUUGCCUCUAUCGAUCAUAAGCGUUCGCCAAAGCGAAUCACGAGUUGUUCGAUGCAAAAAUUUCACGUGAAAACGCAUUGAAAACCGCAGACAAUUCUCAUAAUGAUUGAACUGUUGUUUGUUUGACAGUUUGCAUGUGUGACC